AUGCAGCGUUCAUAUGAACAUUUAUAUACGAACAGAAUAAGCAAACACUUGCACACAUUAGGACAGGAACAGACACACGGACAUAAAUACACACACACCACCACACACACACACACACACACACACACACACACACAGAAACGCGUACACGCAGAAGCAAAGGAAAGAAAGGAAAGAUUAAAGCUAUGUAAUGGUCUUACAGAUGAGCCUAUAGCUGUUUCGGGAGUGCUCAAUUACCAAUUACUGGAACAUGCUGGUCCGGUCCAACAUCAGAUUCGCCAUUUGCAUUGUGAACGUACCAACUUAAUAUCUAUUGAUAUUUUUGGCAGUUCUUCAAAAAGUGCAAAAAGUUGUAUGAGAAUUAUAGAGAAUUUUCCGGUUGUAUUGGGUUUGGGAUACGUUGAUACUCUUGGUUGGGGAAAGGGAGAGGCGAGGGAGAAAAGGAAGUUAGGAAACGACUGGGAAAGCAGUCAACUAAAGCCAGCUGUUCUUUAUCAGGAAUAUAUCUAA